GUGGUCGACGUGCCCAGCCUCAAGGCCCCAGGCUUCAUCAAAGCCGCGUCGGACGGCACUUUCCCAGAUGUUUCCUCGACAGCGUCUGGCGAGCUCGUGCUGCAGGUGCGCAGCACGACGCCUGAGUACACAGGUUUCCGGUUCUCUUUUGCAUCAGGAACCCUGUCGCCCAGCUACGCCUGUGCCGGAGGUGGUUCCAUCCCGAUGAGUCGUGGCUGCUACAAGGCCAAGUUCCAGGUGCCCAAAGGCGACAACUUCACGGAGGUGCGAAUUCCCUGGCGUGACUUCAGCGACAAGUGGAGUCCGGCUACCGGUGAGCAGACGACUACAUGCGCUGAGGAUGCCUCCGUGUGCCCCACGGCCCAACGCCUUGCGGCGAUCAAGCGCAUUGAAAUCUGGGCCGAAGGCGUCGCGGGACACAUCCACCUCGAGGUCAAGUCGAUUGCAGCUCGCGCGACUCCUCCAGCUUCGCUUCAGGCAGUGCCCCCGGCCUUCAACAGCUGCCGGAGUCCCAUCCAGCGCCAGCUGCGGUACAACAUCUCCAGCCGAACAGAGCCCACUGUUCCCGUCCCGGUGGACCCUUCGGAGAGCCUAGCAGAAGCCAUCUGCUGCGACAACCGCACGAAGGUCUAUGCGGAGCCUCAAUUCCUGUACCAAGCCCCGGACAUCGCUCUCUUCGACAAGCUUUCGGGAACCAUCACCUUCUACGACUCGGCGUGCGGAGUCCCGCUUUUCAAGGCACCGGUGAACAGGAGCAUGGCCGACUUCAAAGCCGACACAGAUGAGCACGGCUGGCCUUCGUUUCGUAAGGAGGAGGUGUUCUCUGAGCAUGUGUCGGUUGACAAGAAUGGCUUCGUUUACUCCUCUUGCGGUACGCAUUUGGGAAGCUACUUGCCCGAUAGCGCCGGGCCGAGGUAUUGCAUGGACUUAUCCUGCAUCGCAGGCAAUCCGGUCGAGCAGAUCAUGGUCUGA